UGGAGACAGAGCAUGACAGGAAGGAAUCAAACAAUUGUCUCAGAGUUCCUCCUGCUGGGACUGCCCAUCAAGUCAGAGCAUCAAAACCUGUUCUACGCCCUGUUCCUGGCCAUGUACUUUACCACCGUCCUGGGGAACCUUCUCAUCCUCGUCCUCAUUUGCCUGGACCCCCACCUCCACACACCCAUGUAUUUGUUUCUCAGUAACCUGUCUUUCUCUGACCUCUGCUUCUCCUCUGUCACAAUGCCCAAAUUGCUGCAGAACAUGCAUAGCCAAGACCCAUCCAUCUCUUACGCUGGCUGCCUGACACAAAUGUACUUCCUUUUGUUCUUUGGAGACCUGGAGAGCUUCCUCCUUGUGGCCAUGGCCUAUGACCGCUACGUGGCCAUCUGCUUCCCCCUGCACUACACCGCCAUCAUGAGCCCCAGGCUCUGUCUCUGCCUGGUGGUGCUGUCCUGGGUACUCACCACGUUCCAUGCCAUGUUGCACACCCUGCUCAUGGCCAGGCUGCAUUUUUGUGAAGACAACGUGAUCGCCCACUUUUUCUGUGACAUGUCUGCUCUGCUGAAGCUGUCCUGCUCUGACACUCGAGUGAAUGAGCUGGUGAUAUUUAUCACGGGAGGGCUCAUCCUUGUGAUCCCCUUUCUACUCAUCAUCACAUCUUACGCUCGAAUCGUGUCCUCCACCCUCAAGGUCCCUUCUGCGAGGGGUAUCCGCAAGGCCUUCUCCACCUGUGGCUCCCACCUCACUGUGGUGUCCCUGUUUUACGGGACAGUUAUUGGUCUCUACUUAUGCCCGUCAGCUAAUAAUUCCACUGUAAAGGAGACUGUGAUGGCCGUGAUGUACUCUGUGGUGACCCCCAUGCUGAACCCCUUCAUCUACAGCCUGAGGAACAGAGACAUGAAGGGAGCCCUGGGAAGAGUCUUUUGGAGAAAGAAAACUCCCUUUUCUCUGUGAUGGUCAAGUUUGGAUUUUUGCAUAAUUUUAUGUGGUUGGUAUAUUGGUAUUAAUAUGGGGAUAUUAACCCAGACUUCUUUUUUCAAUGAUGUUUUUGUUAAAAUUCCAUAGUAACAUAUUAUACAAUAAGUAACAGAGAUAUGGCAGAGGUACCUAGUAGGAGUUGGAAAGGGGAUGUCAGUGACCUACUAGCAGAAUCUUGCUCAAUUUUCUCUCCGGGUUACUCUAAGAAGCAUUAUUUUUAAACUUCCAAUUAAUUUUUCUACCCCCCCAUUUUUUUCUUUACUGUUUCCAAUGUUUUAUUUACUGAUAAAAUAAACUCUACUGUUUACUGACCAUUUACUCAUUUACUGUGGAGACACCCUCUCCUUCUGCCCUUGUCCCCACUACCUUGGACAGACAUUCCAUGAAUGAAGAGACUGAAACCACAGAACCUGGGCCCACAGCAGCCUACUAAUAUUUACUGA